AUGACAAGCAGUAAAAAACUUAGUAUUUCAACGUCCAAUAUUCAAAAUAAUCAGUAUUUGCUCACCAAUUCAUUGAAACAUUUAACUCAAGCGUCUAAAACAAAAAUGAAGUUUAAACUUAAUGAACAUUUAACAUCUCCAAUAAGUGGUGUUUAUAUUAUACCACGAGAAUUAUCAAAAUUUAAUACAAAUAAUGAAUUAACUGAAUCAGAUCAAACAUGCACAAAUAAAAAUAACAGUAUUAAUAAUAAUAAUAAUAUCAAUAAAAAUAUUUUUUCUGUAGUUCGUACAACAAAAGCAAUUAAAAUGUUAGCUAAAAUACCAAAUCAUAUUGGAGAAUAUAUUUGUCAGUUAUGUUUUCAAUGGUUUUCAGAUGCAUUUAGUUUAGCUGAACAUCCAUGUUCAUGCAUGGCAAGUUUAGCAUAUCCAUGUGAAAUUUGUGGUAAAGUAUUCAAUUGUCCGGCGAAUUUAGCAUCACAUCAACGUUGGCAUAAACCACGAAUAAAUAAUAAUCACAAAAAUAUUUGUACAACGAAAUUAAUCAAUAAUAAACGAAUAGCUACUACUGAUAAACUACAAAAUUCAAUUAAAAAUUCCAAUUAUUCAAUUAAUAAUCAUGUAACUUGUUCAUUAAAACCAAAUUCUUCAUCAACUGAAUUAGAUCGACAACAGUCGUCCAUUUAUUCGGAACACAUUAAUCAUGUGUUUAAAACAAGUAAACAUUAUAGAAUAUCAAAUGAUGAAAAGGUUUACAAUGUUUCAAGCCAGCAAUUCAACGAUCCUAGCAGUCAUCAUUUCAUAACUAAUGAAACGAAUGUAAUUACUAAUAUCACUACUACUACUACUACUACUACUACGACUACUGCUGCAACAGUUCAUCAUUCGAAUUCAUCAUUAUCAAAUAAAAAUACUUCGAGUAAACAAAUCAAUCCAUUUUCAGUUGAAGCACUUCUAGCUUGA